UUCAAGUAGUGCAAAAAAUAACAUGAGCUAAAAUAAAAUAUUAUGGUACUAAUCUGAGGAAGUUAAAUAAUUUGAUAAAUAAAAAAUAUCUAAUCCAUUUUAAAUAAUUUGUAAUGAUUCAAAGUAAACUGUGGGUAAACAAUAUCAAUCAUUAUCGGAUAAUGCCACAACAACCUCAAGGCUCGUCUUGGAGCUGGGCAUUGGGGGCUUGGGAGUUGGGAAUGCUACUUUAUCCUAGCAAUCUGACAUAGGGAUAGUUGAUGCAUGUCACUGCUACUGGAAUCACCGAACCAUGGCCCCACCAAUCUGACAUAGGGAGUAGGGAAUCCUACUUUAUCUUUAUAUUCUAAAACUUUCAUUCUAUGUUCUAAAGUUUACCUUCUAGUUUUAAAUUUUACUUUUUAUGUUCUAAUGUUUACUUUCAUUGUAUGUUCUAAAGUUGACCUUCUAGUUUAAUUUUUUCACUUUAUUCUAAAUUUUAUUAUGUAUGUUAUAAAGUAAUUCACUAUGUUCUAAAGCAAUAUGUUAUAAGUAUGUCCCUAAUUUACUAUGUUCUAAAGUUUAUCAUUGAUGUUCUAAAGUUUUCUCUGUAUGUUCUAAAGUUUUCAAUGUAUCUUUCUCUUUAUAUUAUAAAGUUUUUUUUUAUGUUCUAAUGUUUUCUUCAUAUUCUAGGACUUUCAUUGUAUGUUCUAAUGUUUACUUUCAUGUUCUAAUGCAGUUGGUGAUAUUUAUCGUACUUCAGAGGUUGUUGGAUCAUUUAGCCCUAGUGGUACCACUAAGGAAUGGAUUCCAAGUGUUCCCGAGGAGUUAAAACCCAGUUUGGGGAUGAUAUUUAAAGAUCCUGAAGAGGGUCUUAGUUUUUAUAAAGCAUAUGCAAAUGCCGCUGGGUUUACUUCUAGGAAAUCUACUACUAAAAGGAAGAAGAAUAACAAAGAUAUAAUUGCUUUUCAAUAUGGAGUUUGCAAUAAGGAAGGUUUUAGGGCAAUAAGAAAACCUAUUGCUCAACAAACAGUUUAUGAAGAAGGAAAAGUUCGUAUUACUAGGAAACGUUUAGUCACUCGUGUAGGAUGCAAUGCUCACAUAUGUAUGAGAUAUGAUGCUGGAAAGUAUGUUGUAACUCAUUUCAAAGAAGAACAUAAUCAUCCUUUAUACAUUCCAAGUUGUGCAAAAUUUCAGAAGGAUAAUAGAAAAAUGCAUAUUAUGCAUAAAAAGUUGAUUGUUGAUAAUUCAAAGGUAAAUGUUGGUCCUGUGAGGUCUUAUACUAUGAUGAAAGAAUUAGCUGGAUCACAUGAUAAUGUUGGUGCAUCUAAACAAGAUUUCAAAAAUUUUUAUAGAGAUUUGAAGGCUUUUAUUGAUGGAUCAGAUGCCCAAAUAUUUGUGGAUAAUUUUCAAAAUAAGAAAUUGCUCUGGAGUGCAUUUUUUUUUUCCUAUGAUGUUGAUGAAGAAUAUAGACUUUGUAGAGCUUUAUGGGCUGAUCCUAUCUGUCGAAAAAAUUAUGCACUUUUUGGUGAUAUGGUUUCUUUUGAUACCACAUUCAAAACAAACAGAUAUAAUAUGAUCUUUGGUCCAUUUACUGGAGUUGAUCAUCAUAAAAAAUGUGUUACUUUUGCGGCUUCUUUUGUAGCUCAUGAGGAUAUAUCAUCUUUUGAAUGGGUUUUCAAAACUUUUCUUAAAUCAAUGGGAAAUAACGAGCCUGUGUGUUUGAUUACCGAUCAAGACCCUACAAUGAAAGUUGCUGUUCGUAAUGUUUUUCAAACUACAGAACAUAGGUUUUGUAUGUGGCAUAUUAUGAAAAAGGUGCCUGAAAAAAGAUUGAGCCGGCAGAAUUUGAAGAAAAGUGGAACAAAGUUAUUUCAGAAUUCCAUUUGA